AAUCCUUUUUUAUUUUCCCUUCUCUCUCCUCUCACGAGGCAGAGACUGGCAGCAGCAUAGAGAGAGAAAGUGAAAGGAUCUUCUUCUUCUUCUUCUUCUUCUUCUUCUUCUUAUUAUUAUUACGGCGAAAGACAGUGUGUGUGAUAUAGAGAGAGAGCGGAGCAGGGUGAGAUUUCGUGGAGCGGUGCGGCGGAGGGAGGACGAGCUCCGCCGAGGUGGGUGUGGGAAGAAUGGCGUCGGACGGGGCCACGUCGUCGGCGAGUUCGCGGAGGAAGCCGUCGUGGAGGGAGAGGGAGAACAACCGGCGGAGGGAGCGGCGGAGGAGAGCGAUCGCCGCUAAGAUAUACACCGGCCUCCGGGCGCAGGGGAACUACAACCUCCCCAAGCACUGCGACAACAAUGAGGUCCUCAAGGCCCUCUGCACCGAGGCCGGCUGGGUCGUCGAGGAGGACGGCACCACUUACCGCAAGGGAUUUAAGCUGCCGUCAGUCGAUUUUGCUGCUGGCUCAUUCAAGGUCACUCCGUACUCUUCGCAGAAUCCUAGCCCUCUAUCUUCUGCGUUCCCAAGCCCCAUCCCUUCCUACCAAGUCAGCCCCUCGUCCUCGUCAUUCCCGAGCCCUACUCGGUUCGAUAACAAUGCAGCCUCAAAUCUCCUCCCGCUUCUGAGAAAUGCGAUUCCUUCAUCACUUCCUCCACUCCGCAUCUCGAGCAGUGCCCCAGUCACUCCUCCACUCUCAUCUCCAACUGCAAGAAACCCUAAGCCGAUCCCGAACUGGGAGACAAUUGCUAAAGAAUCUAUGGCCUCCUUCAAUUACCCUCUUUAUGCAGCCUCUGCCCCUGCAAGCCCAACCCGGAAUAGGCGUUUCCCUCCAGCUACCAUCCCUGAGUGCGAAGAGUCCGAUACUUCGACUGUGGACUCGGGCCAGUGGAUUGACUUCAAGCGAUUUGGACCCGCCACUGUACCGACUUCCCCGACCUACAACCUCAUGAAGCCUUUGACACAGCAGCUGUCCCCCAUUAACAUCGGCAAGGAGCAGGAGAGAGGGACAGAGUUCGAGUUCAUGAAGAGGCAGGUUAAGCCAUGGGAAGGGGAAAGGAUCCAUGAGGUGGGAAUGGACGACCUCGAGCUCACGCUGGGGAGCGGAAAGAACAGGACAUAAGCUCGAGCGGAGACUGCUGAGAGCGAGGCUCAGCCUAGAAAAUUGAGAUCGGAUUGUUUCUAGUUUGGAGAGUUUCAUUUCGCUGUGCGCGGAUAAUGGAAAUACUUGUAGUUAUAGCUGUUGUUGUGACCUUAUCACCCUUCAGGUUAAGCUAAUUAUACUUCGUGGGAUCGAAAUUCCAAAUUUCCAAA